GCGAUACAUUCUGGAGGAGGGAUUGUAUGCAAUUUUUACAAUCAUUGACUUGUCAAUUAUGGAUUUUUUAUUGAAUUUGGAAAAAUAUCAACCACAGUUAUAUGUAACUAGCAUUUUCAGUUAUCCGAAAUUAAAGAAGACAUUUUCUUUGCCAAGAAUCAACCAUCAAUUUGAAAGCACAUCUAAUUCACAGAUCAUUCAAUGUUCAAGUAGCAAUUCAUUAGCAAAGAAAUUGAAUAAUGAAAGUAAUACAAAAUGUAUAAAUGAGUAUGAUCUGACACUUUCAAAUGAUUGGUCAUAUUUUUUAAAGGUUCACCUUGAAAAUGACCUAGAGAAAGCAUUCUUAUUUGAUAUAAGUUUAAUACCAGGAUUUAAAUCACAUGGUCAGAUAAAAUCAAUAAAACACCUGCAUAAAUGUCAUGAGUCAUAUCAUAUAUGUGAUUUUCAAAUAAUUGGUCAGUAUCAGUCUACUAUGAGUGACGCAUUGCAUGAUAAUGAGAUGAAUGAUGAUUUGAUGAAAAGUGAUUCAGUAAAAAAUAUACCCAAUCAAGAGGAUUGUGAACGACUUUGCUGGGCAAUUCGACAACCGUAUACUUACAAAAAUGGAGGGUUGUGUAUAUGCGAUAAAAGGUACAGAGUACUUUACGCGGAUUCCAACCAAUCAUUAUUGGCCAUUGAAGAAGGUCGAAUAGACAAGACAAAUGCUUCCACUUUUACAGCAACACGAUUUCAAAGAUUCAACGAAGAAUGCAUAAAUUCCAAGGAAAAACUACAGUUUAUUCUAUUAAUUGGAUUCCAUAGAAAAAAUCGAGAACCGGAAAAGUGUAAUGAAACAAUAAUGAAAACGAUGGAAGGGUUACAAAGAAGGAUCUCAUGUUAUAUGACAUUGUGAGAAGAGUCGCUAUCUUAUAUUUUGUACCUUCUUUUCAACUACUAUUUAUUUUGUUAGUAGUGUGUUUUUCUAAGAAUUAAAUUCAAAC